AUGGAUCCCAUCGAGCCUGCAGAGCGCGCGACGGUCCAGCCCCAUGUCUCUGAUCAGCUCCAGCCGACCGAAGCAACUGCUCCCCAUCAGCAACCACAGCGACCACGGGCGCUUUCAAACCGCUCUCGCCGACCGAGUAUCCGCCUCAAUCGUCUGCCAUCAAUUCCUUCGAUAGACCUGUCGCUCUUCGAUCAUCCACCGGGCGCUCCGCUGGCCCGGCAAGUCUCCAUUCAAUCCCCCGUUCAAGAAGAGGAUGAGUCUGGCACCGCGGGUCGACGACGAAGCAGUUCGGAGCCUCGACCAGCAACAUGGAACUUUCCCUCUCAAAAUGGAGCAACUCGAGGGUCGACACGGAUGGGGUUCAUCACAGAGGAACCGGUGCACUAUGAUUCCAGGUCGGGCGUGAACCGGCCACCACAGGUUGCCGACCAAGGGCCCGAUGAACUCCAACAGCCACCCCAGGUCAUUCAUCGCGUUCCGUCGCGCAAUCCACUUCGACGAGCAAGCAUGGCUACAUUGAACCGAUUUGGAUGGAAUCGCGCGUCUACCGUAGGCGAGGCGCCAUCGUUGCUCGGCCCGGGUGCUCAACAACAGCAACAGCAACAGCAACAACAAAAACCACCACCGGCGCAGGCGCAAGGAUCUGGUGAAUACGGGUCGCAUGUGGUUGAUGUACUGGACGUGAUCGACCCGGAGGUCUCUGCUUUGUCGACUCUGACGAACGUUCAAAACUCGCUCUUCAUUCCCAACCUGGGAGGCUUCAUCAAUCGCAUGCCCACAUACCAAAUCUCACGAGCGCCUCCGUCCGACGAAGAACAGGGCGCGACGUCCGCAGACGAGGCGGAAUCGAUCCAGAGGGGGCCGAAGCCGGACCGGCCCAGGUUAGAUCAAUUGCAACCAUUCUCCAGCAUGUCAUCUAUUGUCGAAGGUCCGCGGUAUGCCGUUCUACCUGAUGGCCAUGAGCUCGAGGGCUGGACUCGAGAGGACUUUGCCGAAUUGAACGACCACGUCCGACACAUGCUCCACUCGCGCCGCUCUAAAUUCAAGCGGUCCAUGAAGGGAUUCGGACAGUAUGUGCGAAGACCGCUUGGGUUUCUCGUCACCCUCUACGCGACACUCAUCACGCUGUUCGGUCUUGCCUGGGUGCUAUUCUUGAUCGGGUGGAUCAACGUUGGAGGAAAACAACUCUACGUCAUCAAUGUCAUUGACAAUGUUCUUGUGGCUUUGUUUGCUAUCAUGGGUGACGGCCUGGCUCCGUUCCGAGCCGUCGACACUUAUCACAUGAUCUAUAUCGCACACUACACGAUGCUGACUUGGAAGAUUCGAGAGAAGCGCAAUCUUCCUAAUCUCAAGGACAAGAAUGAUCUGCCUGCACAGCACGAAAACGAUGCCGAGACUGAGGGUGAAUUGAGCGAGCCCAAGAAGGAAGAAGAAGUCGAAUAUACCGUACUAGAUGCCCGCCAGCAAGAGCGGCUCAUGCAUCACCAGGCCAAGUUUGCCAAGUCGCAUACCUUUUACAAGCCCCACGAGACCGUCACUCAUCACGCUUUCCCUCUGCGCAUUCUUAUCGCCAUUGUUACUCUCCUCGACUGCCAUUCCCUGUUACAGAUGGCUUUGGGCGCAUGUACCUGGAGUAUGGAAACUCCGGGUGAGCGACCUUUUGCAUUGACCACGGUCAUUCUGUGCUGCUCGAUCACUUGCAACAUUAGUGGCGGUAUUUUGAUCAUGAUUGGUGAUCGACGCACGCGCAAGAAGGAUGUGGUCGAGCGCCUGUUCCGCCAGGAGUUGACCGAAGAAGCAAUGAAGAAAAUGGAGAAACGUAAAGUCAAGGAAGAGGAAGAGCGGAAGAGCAUGCAACUGCCCAACGAGGAGCGCAAAAGUAUGCAGUCUCCUCGGACCGAACGCAACAGCAUGCAAGCAACUCGAUACGAAAACCAAAACACCACGAUCCCGCCGGACGGGCGAUCAGGCCAGACAGCUGCUCAAAGCCAGGGGCCCGUCCAUCAUGAACCUAUCAGUCCGAUCGAGGAGCGCCCUGACCCUUUCAGUAGGGUAUGA